AAAGAAGAAGCCAGAUCAGUAAAGGAAGUUGCUGGCCACAAGGAGGUGGAGAUGGUCCUGCUCAACUCAGUCCUCCACUUGAGAAUAUCUGAGCAUCUGUUUUUAUUUAUCCUGAUUCUCUCGGGACUGCUGAGUGCCCCAGUGUCCCUAGACAGGGCAUCCUCAACUUCCUGAUGGCCCUGCUGGUCUCACUUCCUGAACAGAAUCUGGCUAUGGCUUGGAUCCUCCUUCUUCUGCUGUUGGCAGCAUGUCUGCACACUGUGGCUUCAGAUUCUCCCUGUCCUUCCCAGGGAAUUCAGCAGGAUAUCAAAAAACGCAGGACUAUGGUGUCAACCAACCAGAACAGCUCACUGGAAUCCAAGGCGGCUCCAUCGAGAUCCCCUUCUCAUUCUACUUCCCCUGGGAGUUGGCCAAGGAUCCACAGAUGAGCAUAGCCUGGAGAUGGAAGGUAUUCUUUGGGGAAGUCAUCUACAACUCCACCCUGCUUUUCCUUCAUGAGCAUUUUAAGGGCCGGCUCAUCAUGAAUUGGACACAGGGUCAGACAUCAGGAGUCCUCAGAAUCCUGAACUUAAAGGCGAAUGACCAGUCCACAUACUUCAGCCGAAUUUUUCUGCAAGCCACAGAAGGCAUGAAGUUGUGGCAGUCUAGAGCUGGAACCAAACUCAUCAUUCAUGGGACCAAGAGAAUCUGGGUCCUGUGUGUUGCUGCAUUGUUUCCUUCAACUUUUCUCUGUUGCUCCCCACAACCCCACUUUUUAAAAUCUCUCAGUACUACCAUGGCGAGCCCCUCCAUCAUCCCCUCUGCAGUCCCCACAGCUGGCCUGGAGAACACAAGGGGCCAGAGGAAUCCAUCACUGCUGAACUUGGGAGCCAUGGUUGGGAUGGUCAUGGCCAAAGUUGUGGUCAUCAUCCCCCUCUAUGGAUGGGUGAUCUUCCUGUGGUGGAAGCAAAGGACAGCAGAGUAAAGCCUAAACCCUAGUAAGGCUCCCCACUGCUAGGAUCUCUCAUCAGGUGAGUUUACAUCACACACCCUGCAUCCCACAGUCUUCCAUGUCUUCUCUCUGGGAGUCAGAGCUCGUGGCUGCAGGAUUCUCCUGUGAAAGUCAUUCUUGGAUAACCCCCACUUCUGCCAUGGGGGCUCGGAUACCCUCUCCUUGGAACCAAGGUCCUCCUGUGUGUCUCUGGGCCUGAGAGCCUGAUUGUGCUGUUCUCUGUCUGCUCAUGGAGUUAUUGACACUUUUAAUAAAUAUGUUACUCCCACCAA